GAAUUGACAUUGACAGCCAGUCCAACUUGUCAUGUAUAUGGAAAUUUUGCUAACAAAAUAUAAUUUUAUUUUGCCUUACUUGUUCAUUAAUCUUGUUACAAUUUCUGGAAAUGGAUAAAAAAUCACCUACAUUUAUAUUGAAUGUGAAUGAAUUUGGGCAGCAGGUUAUCACAUCGCAAUCGGAACCAUACAAAAAAUACAUUCUAGAUGAAGAUGGUAAUAUGAUAGAAUAUAAAUCAGAAACAUCAAUGCCAACAGUGAAGUUAGAUUCGCAAGGUAACAUAAGCGAAGAGGAUAGUAAUGAUACUUCUAACAGUGGUAAUCAGGAUAUUGUCACACUUGAGGAUCCUGUUCAGUUUGGAAUGCUUGAUGCCGUGUCUGAGUUUGAAGAAAAUCUGAUGAAUGAAUUAGACUCUGAUUUUAUGAGUAUGGUUCCUAAUCCCCAGUCACAAUACAUCAUGCAGCAUAUGGAUAUACGCGAACCCCUCACUAAAUUACGAAAGUUGAUAGAAAAUCGUUUGGGGGUGGGCUUACCAGGAUAUAUAUUUGCCCUUCAAGGAGUGCAGAUUUUGGAAGAUAAUAAAAAUUUGGUUGAACAAUGUGUUCAAGGAGAAGGCUUGGUUCAAGUCAAUGUUCAAGUUCAAACUAAUUUGAAGAGAAUAAAUAUUAUUGAUGUUUUGAAACCUGCCGAAGAUUAUGUUCAUAUAGAAGAUGUAGAUACAAAGAAGAGCUCAGAUUCUGACGUACCCAAACAACCUCAUGCCACCGAAAACAGCAAGAACAGCAAGCAAAAAAAUGUAGUAGUUCAGUGGCAAGUCGAUGAUAACUACAAAAAGGAACAAGAGAGGUUAAAAAUUCCAUCAGAUACCAAGGAGUGGUAUGUUGGCUAAACUAUUAUUACUAAU